AGAUUGAGAUUAAAAUCAGACUGCAGAAACCUAAGUACACGUGUACGAUCCGAUUGAGGCCCCACAGAAUGUGAUCGUACAAUGGCACCAUCUUAUAUCUUCUCUUCCGCCAGAGACCUCAAAAUCUUUUCCACCCUCUCUAGAUCUCGCGACAAUCACAUUCCGUACGAUCGCCGGUUCGGUUUCCGAUCAAUCACUGCCGCAAAGUUUUUCUUCUAUCCAAUCACCGAUCAUCGCGUUCGUAAUCAAUCACCUCAUUGCAGCAAAGUGGAAGCAAACUUUGAAGUAAAGCUUCAAAAUGUCUUUCCAGAAUGAGGGCAUUUGGACGAAAAAAUGUUCUGGCUUAAGCAAUGGCGAGAUGGUGUAUGAUACUUCAUCUAAAGUUGACCCCAAGCGCAAGCGCUCUAAUCAAUGGUUCAUGGAUGGUGCCGAGACAGACUCAUUUCCUAACAAGAAGCAGGCAGUUGGAGUUCCAACUACCAACUUGUUUUCUGGUAUCUUGAAUUCAAAUGAUUCUCCAUGGGGAAAUGCAUCUGGUUUUACUUCAAUCUCGGGGCAGCUUGCUGAACGGUUAUUCAAUACCGAAACAGCUCGAACAGUGAACUUGGAUGAUCAAAGCUUCUCAUCUGGUAACACACAGAAAACUCUCAUGGGGAGAAAGGUUAAUGAAGAUCUAUAUACAAGUGAUUCAUCAUUUGGUUUAUCUAUGUCUCAUACACUGGAAGAUCCUCGGUCAGGGUUAAACUUUGGAGGGAUUAGGAAGGUAAAAGUCAGCAUGUCUGAAUCAAUGGGAUAUGUGUAUAAUAGGGUUGAUAAUAACUCAGUGUCAACUGAUCAUGCUUACAACAAGGUGGAAGAUGGUAUUAUGCCGAUGGGCUUUCCUUAUAACAAAGGGGAUUCUAUUGGUGACACCUAUGAAAGAGAGAAUAGUCUUUUCACGUCUAUGGGACAAUCCCAUAGAAAAAUUGAGGAUAACAGUGCAAUUACAACGAGCAACACCUUCGACAAGGGUGAUAACAAUUUCAUGUCUAUGGGUCAAACCUACAACGGGACAGAUGAUAGUUCUGUAACUGUGGGUCAGGCCUACAGUAAAGGAGAUGACAGUGCCAUAUCUAUUACACAUAACUACAAGAAGGGGGACAGCUAUAAUUUGACAGUUGGCCCCUCCUAUAGUAGGGGAGAAAGUACUAUUAUAUCGUUUGGUGGUUAUGAUGAUGAUGAUACAAAUCUAUCGGGGAGUUUUAUAUCAAGCUAUAAUUUGUUGAUGGGCCAGUCUUUGGUCCAAGGAUCUAAUGCUCCUAGUGCAAAAGGGUUGGUUCAAUCCAAUAAUGUCAUUGCCUCUGGAGCUGAAGUUUCUAGGAAGAAAGAUGAGCCAAAAACAUCGAAAAAAGCUGCUUCAAAUAACUUCCCAUCAAAUGUUAAAAGUUUGCUGUCAACUGGUAUGCUUGAUGGAGUUCCAGUCAAAUAUAUUGCGUGGUCACAGAAGAAGGAGCUCCGUGGCAUAAUAAAGAGUUCUGGAUAUCAAUGUGGCUGUCAGACAUGCAAUUCUUCUAAGGUGAUCAAUGCAUAUGAAUUUGAGCGACAUGCUGGUUGCAAAACAAAACAUCCAAACAAUCACAUAUAUUUUGACAAUGGGAAGACAAUUUAUGGGAUCGUCCAAGAGCUUAGAAGCACACCGCAGAAUAUGCUAUUCGACGUUAUUCAGACUAUAACCGGUUCACCUGUUAACCAGAAGUGCUUCCGGCUUUGGAAAGAGUCAUUUUUAGCUGCCACUGUUGAACUUCAACGUAUAUAUGGGAGGGAUGAAAUGAAACAAUUUUCGUAAAGCAAUUGUGUUCAUUUGCAAGGUAGGUUUGUGCAUAUGGUGAAGUGAACUUCUUUACGAGACGUGUAUGCUUGUCAAUGGUGAUGGCGCCACUAACUGAACAUGGUGCCUUUUGCUUCUUUUUAAUGUGGGCUAGGACUCUGUUAUAAAGGAGUCAAUGCCUCGACAAGGAUACACUUGUUAUUUUGUGUAUUUUGCUUGUAUCUCAGCAACAUGUU